ACACACGACACACUGUCACAUACACACGACACAGUCACAUACACACACGACACAGGAGUACCGUGCGUCUACCAGACCAGGAGAGGACAAUCGGAGGACUGACUGAACUGUGCCCCAGCUGCAUGUGUCCGAGCACAUGCAGGCAAUCUCAGCUGCUGCAGUGACCUGAGUUAUUGUGGUUGGACCCAGCCACGUAACCCAGCCUGGAGCCACGUAACCCAGCCUGGAGCCACGUAACCCAGCCUGGAGCCACGUAACCCAGCCUGGAGCCACGUAACCCAGCCUGGAGCCACGUAACCCAGCCUGGAGCCACCAGCCAUGGACGCUCUGGAGCAGGAAUACAAGUCGCCGUUUGACUUUGAGCAGGGGGUGAAUAGCAGCUACCUCUAUCUGUCCCCCAGCGUCAUUGUAACACCACCAGGCUCACCGCACGUGACUGUCACAGCCAGAGGUGCUGUGAGACCAGACUCUAUCACAGAGGUAGGGGAGGAUGCAGUGAUGUCGGUGGCCGUGUCCCCUUCCGUCCCCACCCUGACAGAGGAGGAACAGGAGGAGCUGCGAGAUGAACUGCUCAGGGUGGAGGAUGAGGUCGUGACUCUGUCUCAGGUGCUGGCAGCUAAGGAGAAGCAGGUGGCAGACAUCAAGAGGAAGCUGGGCAUCACUCCUCUCAACGAGCUCAAACAGAACAUCAGCAAGAGCUGGCAGGAGGUCACCACCUCUACUGCCUACAAGAAGACGUCAGAGGGCCUGUCCGUAGCUGGUCAGAAGGCCACGGCAGCCUUCACCAGCAUGGGCUCGGCCAUCAGCAGGAAGUUUGAGGACGUCAGAUUGCAAUCUAUUUCCAAUUCUUUUGGCAUACGCUCCCUACAGCAUUCUGCUAGUAUGCCCGUGAUGAGGAACACACCCACCUUUAAGUCGUUUGAGGAGAAAGUUGAGACUUUAAAGGUAAAAGAUGAGAAGAGGAGUCAAGAUGAGCCCGACGGCAUCUCAGGGUGACUUUAGCGAUGUGUUGACCUCUACAGCGACCUCUGACCCUUCUGUUCCCGUAGAGAAAUGGCCAGAGGCCACACCCAUCGCCACCCAGGAAGAACAGCCCCACUGAGACCAGCCUGACCUUUCACCCCUGACCCCUAGCCAGGCUGACAUUCACUAGAACCAUACCCUCUUUCUGUUCUCUCACCUCCUCCCUUCUUCAGCUCCCUCUUUACAACCCUAUAGCACAAAGCAACAGAACCAACAACCAAAAAAGACAAAUAAGUUUCCCCAGGAACUUUUCAAUAAAAAAAAUGUAAUUCUGAAAAUAUUGUUGUGACACCGUAACACUUGUAGGUUUGUAGGACUGUUUGUUUCUAUUUUAAUGUCCAUGGUUGAGGAACCUGCACAAGUAGAAGAAUAUACAUUACACUUAAUGAGAAACUGUAUGUCACAGCAAGUGAAGUUGUGAUGGCGAAACGAAUUGGUUCACACAGGCCCAUAUCUUUCCAUAACUUUGAGUACGAACAGGCAUUUGCUUUUUCUUUUCUUUUGAUGUACUCCAACCACUGUAAUCACUAGGAUGUCAUUUCUAUUCCAACACUGCAGAGGCUUUCUCUGUCAUGUAUUACUAUCACCAACAGCACCAGUAAUGUGGUGUAGAGUUAAUACCAGAUCUGUGUAGCUCACACACUCCUCUCACAGCUUAACCAUAUGGGGGUGGUCUAAAUCUGACCUCUGAGCAGUUCAUAGUGCUUAACUCUGAUAUCAGAGAAGGUGGGCCAAUGCAUCCAGAUCAGUGUGUAAUGAUAGUCGCAGAUGCAUGAUUGGUUAUAAUGGUGUCAGCUGGCCUUGACCCUCAGCUCAGUGCAAUUUACAUCACUCAAAGCCUCACAGCAUGGUGGGCCACAGUCCGUAUUAGGGCACUUGUCUCACUGGCUUCUCUCCGCUUGGUAUGCUGAAACACAGCAGGAUAGUCACUGGAUGCUGUGUACUUCUCUCUGCUUGGUAUGCUGAAACAGCAGGAUAGUCACUGGAUGCUGUGUACUUCUCUCUGCUUGGUAUGCUGAAACACAGCAGGAUAGUCACUGGAUGCUGUGUACUUCUCUCUGCUUGGUAUGCUGAAACACAGCAGGAUAGUCACUGGAUGCUGUGUACUUCUCUCUGCUUGGUAUGCUGAAACACAGCAGGAUAGUCACUGGAUGCUGUGUACUUCUCUCUGCUUGGUAUGCUGAAACACAGCAGGAUAGUCACUGGAUGCUGUGUACUUCUCUCUGCUUGGUAUGCUGAAACACAGCAGGAUAGUCACUGGAUGCUGUGUACUUCUCUCUGCUUGGUAUGCUGAAACACAGCAGGAUAGUCACUGGAUGCUGUGUACUUCUCUCUGCUUGGUAUGCUGAAACACAGCAGGAUAGUCACUGGAUGCUGUGUACUUCUCUCUGCUUGGUAUGCUGAAACACAGCAAGAUAGUCACUGGAUGCUGUGUACUUCUCUCUGCUUGGUAUGCUGAAACACAGCAGGAUAGUCACUGGAUGCUGUGUACUUCUCUCUGCUUGGUAUGCUGAAAACAGCAGGAUAGUCACUGGAUGCUGUGUACUUCUCUCUGCUUGGUAUGCUGAAACACAGCAGGAUAGUCACUGGAUGCUGUGUACUUCUCUCUGCUUGGUAUGCUGAAACACAGCAGGAUAGUCACUGGAUGCUGUGUACUUCUCUCUGCUUGGUAUGCUGAAACACAGCAAGAUAGUCACUGGAUGCUGUGUACUUCUCUCUGCUUGGUAUGCUGAAACAGCAGGAUAGUCACUGGAUGCUGUGUACUUCUCUCUGCUUGGUAUGCUGAAACACAGCAGGAUAGUCACUGGAUGCUGUGUACUUCUCUCUGCUUGGUAUGCUGAAACACAGCAGGAUAGUCACUGGAUGCUGUGUACUUCUCUCUGCUUGGUAUGCUGAAACACAGCAGGAUAGUCACUGGAUGCUGUGUACUUCUCUCUGCUUGGUAUGCUGAAACAGCAGGAUAGUCACUGGAUGCUGUGUACUUCUCUCUGCUUGGUAUGCUGAAACACAGCAGGAUAGUCACUGGAUGCUGUGUACUUCUCUCUGCUUGGUAUGCUGAAACACAGCAAGAUAGUCACUGGAUGCUGUGUACUUCUCUCUGCUUGGUAUGCUGAAACAGCAGGAUAGUCACUGGAUGCUGUGUACUUCUCUCUGCUUGGUAUGCUGAAACAGCAGGAUAGUCACUGGAUGCUGUGUACUUCUCUCUGCUUGGUAUGCUGAAACACAGCAGGAUAGUCACUGGAUGCUGUGUACUUCUCUCUGCUUGGUAUGCUGAAACACAGCAGGAUAGUCACUGGAUGCUGUGUACUUCUCUCUGCUUGGUAUGCUGAAACACAGCAAGAUAGUCACUGGAUGCUGUGUACUUCUCUCUGCUUGGUAUGCUGAAACAGCAGGAUAGUCACUGGAUGCUGUGUACUUCUCUCUGCUUGGUAUGCUGAAACACAGCAGGAUAGUCACUGGAUGCUGUGUACUUCUCUCUGCUUGGUAUGCUGAAACACAGCAGGAUAGUCACUGGAUGCUGUGUACUUCUCUCUGCUUGGUAUGCUGAAACACAGCAGGAUAGUCACUGGAUGCUGUGUACUUCUCUCUGCUUGGUAUGCUGAAAACAGCAGGAUAGUCACUGGAUGCUGUGUACUUCUCUCCGCUUGGUAUGCUGAAACAGCAGGAUAGUCACUGGAUGCUGUGUACUUCUCUCUGCUUGGUAUGCUGAAACACAGCAGGAUAGUCACUGGAUGCUGUGUACUUCUCUCUGCUUGGUAUGCUGAAACACAGCAGGAUAGUCACUGGAUGCUGUGUACUUCUCUCUGCUUGGUAUGCUGAAACACAGCAGGAUAGUCACUGGAUGCUGUGUACUUCUCUCUGCUUGGUAUGCUGAAACACAGCAGGAUAGUCACUGGAUGCUGUGUACUGCUCUCUGCUUGGUAUGCUGAAACACAGCAGGAUAGUCAUUGGAUGCUGUGUACUUCUCUCUGCUUGGUAUGCUGAAAACAGCAGGAUAGUCACUGGAUGCUGUGUACUUCUCUCUGCUUGGUAUGCUGAAACACAGCAGGAUAGUCACUGGAUGCUGUGUACUUCUCUCUGCUUGGUAUGCUGAAACACAGCAGGAUAGUCACUGGAUGCUGUGUACUUCUCUCUGCUUGGUAUGCUGAAACACAGCAGGAUAGUCACUGGAUGCUGUGUACUUCUCUCUGCUUGGUAUGCUGAAACACAGCAGGAUAGUCACUGGAUGCUGUGUGCUUCUCUCUGCUUGGUAUGCUGAAACACAGCAGGAUAGUCACUGGAUGCUGUGUACUUCUCUACUGUUGAAUGAUAUAUGAAUGGUAGUUGUUUUUGUUUCAAAGUGAUUUUCAUUGUUUACCUUUUCAUAAAGAUGUGCAAUUUUCCUUAAAUUGGAAAUCUACUGUUCUCGACCUAGACUAAUAACUAGAUGUCCUCCCGUGUUGGUAUUUUCAUUUCUCUACAGUGUAUGUGGUAUGGUCAUCCAUUUUUUACAGUUGACUUUCUGAGGGAAUGUUUUUCUCUUCUGAACAUCUUGAGGUAUAAAAGAGUGCGAUGCGGGAUCCUGUUAAAUGUUUACUCUUGACCACACUAGGAUGAUACAUACAGUGCCUAUAGAAAGUCUUUCAACAGAAGUCUUUCUAAGAGGUUGUGUUCCUGAGUGGUCUAGUCUGUCCAGAAUUAAAUCUGCUUCAAAAAAACAGGCAAAGUUUAAAUAUCGCUGUCCACCAGUGAUCCCCAACCAAAUUUACUGAGCCUGGGCAAUGUUGACAAAAACGAUGGAUAAAUGUUGCCCUAAGAGUUGUGCCAACUUGGUAGAACUUUAAUGGAAAUGAGUCACAGAUGUAAUUGCUGCCAAAGAUGCAGCCACCAAGUAUUAACUCAGGAUAGAGAGACUUAUCCAGUUAUGAUAUCUGUUACUUGUAAUAUCUUUUGGUCAAAAAACUUUCUUUCAUGUUGAAAAUGUGGAGUAGAUCUGUAGGAAAAACAUUUCAUGGGGAGUGUAGACCUUCUAUGGGCACUGUACGUACAUUUUAGGACACUAGUGAAUAUUUGGUUUAAAUGCCUAAUGCAAGUCCUCCCCUACUGGAAGAUGACUGGCCAUAUCAUGGAAUGGAUUCAUUGUGGAAAUAAAGUUCUGUAAGAAAAGUCCUGGUUCCACCAUUAAGACAUUAUGGCUAAUAAAAUGUCUUCCAGAGAGAAGUUACUGUAGACCUGUUGCCCCCAUUUAGCCCGACUGCUAAAGGAGUAGGCUGUUGACUUUUCUGUUUAGUCAGGACCUAUUUCAUAGAAAGAGGGUCUCCCGGCUCUUCAUUGUGGGCAGAAAUAGUUUGUCAGGAACUCUGUGAUCAAAUGUCUUCUGUUAAACUGCCAGAGAGUAGGCCUUCAACAGCCACCCUGGCACUGGUCUGGUUUGUAAUUGGAAUGCUGACGUAUCUCUAAAAAAAACAGUCAAACUGGGUUAUUUAACAAGAAUGCACUUGAACAGUGCCCUGUCUUGUCUCCUUUAGCAUUCCUCACAACCUUUCAAAUAAAUGUAUUUUUAUGUUUUCAACAUUUUAAGAGGCAUGAGAAGAGAAUACAUUUUCCAUCCAUUUAUGACAUUUGUCUGUACCAAAGCAUCAUGGGGGUUCCUUAUAUCCACUCUGGUAUCACACUGUAAGAGGCAGAGGUAAAAAAAAUAAAAAGUAAUGUCACUGUUAUGCAGGGCAGGUUUCAGGUGGACAGGUGUGCCAAUAGCUACGUAGAUAUAUAAAUAGUAGAUAUCCCCUUGGUACAUUUAGAAAUAUACUUUUUUUUGUAUUGUAUGUAAAUCUGCUUAUUGUAAUGAGGAGUAACAUGUCUAGAGCAGCGUGUCACCUGCCGGUAUAGUUCAGUGGUUACAGAUGAUAUAGUCAAGUACUUGAAGCUUUUUGUUGUUACACUAAUCAUUGCUAUAGUGACAUUCUUUGGAGCAGCUUUUGUUUUUCAUGUUGGAGCUUCACUCUCUUUGUCUGGGGUUUACGGAGCCUGCUUGGGAUUCUAUAACCUUCUAGAGACAACUUGAUUACUGGGAGUUCUGUUCUGGAACUUCAGAGUCAAUACUCGGCACUCCUGCAUCACUUUGUUAUGUGGUAAACUUUAAAAGCUGCCUGGAGGAAUGUGGGACAUUCCCAUUAACAAAGCAGCCUGCCCCUAAUUUGAGUCUUAUGGUUGAUUGGAUUUGUCAUAACAUUCUGGUCUGAGUUUCGGACGGCAUUAUAAAUAAUAACAGAACAGGACCCUUAGUUUUAGGAGUUCCUGCCCGCGAUGGUUUAGGUGUUGGAAGUCUGAAUCUUUGUUACUUAAUUUUUUCAGGGGGUUGAUGCUUGAUGGGUCACUGGUAUUUGAGAUGUUUGUGGAAUGUGCCAGCGCGGUGUUUGGUCAUGCUGUGUACGUGGUCAUGCUAAGAGUGGUCAGAGGGGAGAGAAUGGGUAAUGCCUUGCCACGUUAUUGUGUCAUGACAGACACAACCUUCAAACAUUUUGAACUGUCAUUUUUAAAUUAUAAUUGUGAUAAGACUAUAUCCACAUGUUGUGGGUCAAAAACGUUUUAGAAUAUCUUAUUACGUUUUCACUAGUAUAGCUGUAAGGGUAAUAAGCAAGUCAUUUAUAAUGCAUUGUCUAUGUUUAGUGUUUUUCCUGAACAGGGCCAAUAUUACUGAUUGGGUGAGGGUCACUUAAGAUCAUGAAUGUGGGUCUCUUCCUGGCGUUUUACAGAGCAUCAGUUGAAUGAUUGUGUACUUCACUUGUUUUAGACCUGCUACAAUAAAAACCAGCCAUGCUUCGCA